UAGAAACUGUGAAAAAAUUCAAUAUUGAUAUGAGCAAUCUAUGCCAGUUUCUACCUCAAGAGAGAGUUACAGAAUUCUCAAAGAUGAAUAAGAGUCUUAGACUAGAGAAUAUGCUUCAAGCAAUUGGUGAACCACAUUUAUUUUCAUUAUUUAAUGACUUAAAAAAGUUGAGAAAAAGUUUCUGUGAAAUGGAGGAAGAUAUCAAAAAACUUGAAAAUAAAAAGGCUGCAGCACAACAGAAAAAUGAGAGAUUGUUGACUGAAGUUAGCAAACAGGAGCAGAUAAAACACCUGAAAUCAAAUCUGAAAAUGUUGCAACAACAUCUUGUUAUCUUGGAAUACAGUUUAAUUAGAGAAGAGUUUACAAAACUGAGAUUACAAAGAAAGGAACAGGUGGCUGUAAAAAAUAGAAUUUUAGAAAGAGAAAAUGCUGUGAAAGAACAAGAAAAUGCUGUUAUAAUUGAGUGUGAGCAACUUAAGACUCAAAUAAAUAACAUGAAAAAAAGAGCAGUAAGCUUACAGAAGGAAAUAUUAGCAACACUAAAAGGCUUAAAUGAAUGUCAUGAAAAGGUAGAUAGUGCAAAAAUUGAAUACAGGAAUAAACUUGCUGAGAAAGAAGAACAGAAAACAAUUCUAAGAGAUUUGGAAACACAGAUCGCAGGAUUCCAACGGGUGUAUGAUACUGAACAUGAGAAAGUACCUGAAAUCGAAAGUAAUAUCCACCAUUUGACAUGUGAAGCCAUUGCUGUUGACUCAAGAAUAAAGUCUCUUCAACCAGAGGUGGCAAAAGGGAAGGUUGAUGUAGAAAGACAAAAGUAUCUUUAUGAAAAAUUAUUACAAAGGCAGAAUGACAUGAGAAAUGAAAGGCAUAGAAAACUGCGUGCAUUAAGAAAUAUGAGUAAGGAUACAUAUGAAGCUGUUUGUUGGCUUGAAGAAAAUCGAAGUUUAUUUAAGAAGCCCAUUUUCCCACCUAUUUUUUUAGAAAUUAAAAUAAAUGAUGAAGAUCGGAAAUAUAUUGAAAACCAUAUAAAGCGAAGAGAUCUCUUUGCUUUUAUCUGUACUGAUAAAGAAGAUAAUAAAACCUUUACUAAGCUUGUAAGAGUAGAGAAAAAGCUGAAUAUCAAUAUUGUUCUAGCUCCUGAAGAGAGUUUAUCUAGUUUCAAUACACUUGAAUUGACAUCAGAACAUAGGAAAUGUGGGCUGCAGCGCAUGUUGAAGGACUUGUUCACAGUACCUGAUGCAGUGAUGAGUUUCUUGUGUUGUUGUUAUAAUGUACAUAGAAUACCUGUUGGAACUGAUAUCUGUGAAGACAAUUUAGAAAAACUUAUUUCAUCAUUUCCAACAUUCUUCACUCCCAAUGUGAAGAUAUCUGCUGUUAGAUCACGGUAUGGAGCACGGAAUGUAUCUGUCAGUAAAGACCAAAUCCUAGGUAAAAACAUCCUUCAAAGUUCAAAAGGUGAGGAUAUUGAAGAACAUGAAAAAGAACUUAAGCGGUCAGAGCAGAUUUUAAUACAUUUGGAACAGGAAUAUCACAAAUCAGAAGAAGAAUUAGUGAGUUCAGUUCAAGAGCAGGAUUUAAAGAAACAGCAAAUAGAUGAACUGAAUAAAAGACUGGUAUCGAUAAGAAAUUUAAAGCAAAAAUUGAUAAUAAAGCAACAACAGUAUGACAAAAAGAGUUCACAAAUUAUUGAUGAGGAAGAGGAGAAGAAAAGAGUUACAGAAAAGGUUCGACAUUUUAACCAAGCAAAACUAAAGUAUCUUAAACAACUAAAACUUCUUUUCAAAGAAUCACUUGUAGUACAAAAAGACAUAAUAAAAGUUACACUCAAGUUGAUAAAAGAAUUAAAAAAGCAUGAUACUAUAAAAGCAGAGUUGGAAAACAUUGCAAAUAAUUUAAGAAUUGCUAAUGAUGAAAUCCUUCGGCUUUCGGUAUAAAAUCUUUUCUUUCUUUUUUCAAAUUAAAAGAAUCAAAAUAUCU